AUGAAAACGGCCGUGAAUACCAAUAGAAGCACACACGACCCCGUCAGCACGUAUUUUCUUCAGAAAAUUCAGGAGUUGCGUGCGCAGGAAAAACGUUUGCUUGACAAUUAUCUUCGUUUAGAGUCGCAGCGGAAUGAACUCAACAGACGGGUGCGCCAACUCAAGGAGGAAGUGCAAAUGCUGCAAGAGAGCGGCUCCACCGUGGCGGACGUUGUGCAGGUGCUUGGUAAAAACAAAGUACUUGUGAACGUCAGCUCCAAUCAGGGAAAAUUGAUUGUUGAUGUGGAAAAAACAAUUGACGUCGCCGAGCUCACGCGCAACACGCGUGUGGCACUACGGAACGCAACCUACGCCAUUCAUUACAUUCUACCGACCAAAGUUGACCCCCUUGUGUCACUCAUGAAGGUUGAAAAGGCGGGCAGCGACUCCACGUAUGAUGAGAUUGGUGGACUUUCUCGCCAAGUAAAGGAGAUUAAGGAAGUUAUUGAGUUGCCUGUAAAACAUCCCGAGCUUUUUGAGGCAUUGGGCAUUGCUCAGCCAAAAGGGGUGUUGCUUUAUGGCCCACCAGGCACAGGCAAGACUCUCCUUGCCCGAGCCGUGGCCCAUCACACAGACUGCACCUUCAUUCGGGUAAGCGGGGCAGAGCUGGUGCAAAAGUACAUUGGCGAGGGCGCUCGACUUGUUCGUGAACUAUUUGUCAUGGCGCGUGAACACAGUCCGUCUAUUAUUUUUAUGGAUGAGAUCGAUUCCAUUGGUUCAUCUCGUCUGGAAAACACUGGCCGCGGUGGCGAUAGUGAGGUGCAGCGCACCAUGCUUGAGCUUCUUAAUCAGCUUGACGGCUUUGAGUCGACACAGUCCAUCAAGGUGAUUAUGGCCACGAACCGCAUUGACAUUUUGGAUGAGGCGUUGCUGCGUCCGGGUCGUAUUGACCGCAAGAUUGAGUUUCCCGCGCCUGACGAGGCGGCCCGCCUUGAAAUUUUGAAGAUUCACUCGCGAAAAAUGAACUUGACGCGCGGGAUUAAUCUGAAGAGUGUCGCGGAGAAGACAAAUCACUGCUCCGGCGCGGAGCUCAAGGCCGUUUGCACCGAGGCUGGGAUGUUUGCCCUGCGGGAACGCCGUGUGCACAUCACGCAGGAAGACUUUGAGCUCGCCGUGGCUAAGAUUAUGCACAAGGAUCAAGACAAAAAUGUUUCUUUGAAGAUGAUGUGGAAAUGA